GGAAAGGCAGAGACAGAGCAGAGCUCAGCUCCCUUCUGCUCACUGCUCAAUCCUGAUUUUUCCGUGGUGUGAGGAGCCCUGCUCCAUGGUGACAGCCAAAAAUGGAUGCUGGGACCGUCGUUACUCUUUUCUUCCUCUCCAUCUUGUGUCUUCUGCUCUGUCAAAAUAAUAGGAAAAGAAGUCAGCUCCCUCCAGGACCGACCCCAUGGCCCAUCCUAGGCAAUUUAUGGCAAAAAGAUGUCCUACCCCUCUACAAUUCCCAUGAGAAGCUCAGGGAGAAGUACGGCCCCAUGUUCACUGUCUGGCUGGGACUGAAGCCAGCUGUGGUGCUCUGUGGGUACGAGGUGGUGAAGGAUGCUCUGCUUGGUCAUUCUGAGGAGUUUGGAGGGAGACCUGAAAUACCUCUUCAGGUCCAUGUGUCAAAAGAUUACGGUUUUAUCUCCACCAACGACAAGAAGUGGCGCGAGCUGCGGAGGUUCACGCUCAGCACCCUGCGGGACUUUGGGAUGGGGAAGAACACCAUGUCACAGCGUGUGCAGCAGGAGGCCCAGCAUCUUGUGCAGCUGCUAGCAAGCUUCAAAGGGGAGGCCUUUGAGCCAAUGAUAAAUUUCAGACAUGCAGUUGCUAAUGUGAUUUGCUCUGUUGUCUUCGGGAGCCGUUACAGCUACAAUGAUACAGCCUUUCUGGAGCUAUUGGACAUGAUUGGGAAUUAUGUCAGUUUUUUCCUCUCCCCCAUUGCCAUGGUAUAUAACACCUUUCCCAGCAUCAUGCAGCACCUCCCUGGACCACACCAUAAAGCCUUGGCAGAAUGUGAGAAGCUGAAGGACUACAUCCAAGAAAGAGUCGAACAUCAUAAGCAGACCCUGGAUCCCAGCUCUCCUCGGGAUUACAUUGACUGUUUCCUUAUAAAAGCAAAGAAGGAGAAGAGCAGCCUGGAGAACAUGUACAGCAAUGAAGAUCUGGUCAUGUCAGUAUUCAGCCUCUUUGGUGCUGGGACAACAACCACUGGCAAUGCCCUCGUCUUCUUCCUCUUGGUGCUGAGUAAAUUCCCCCAUAUUCAAGCCAAGGUCCAGAAGGAGAUCGAUGCAGUGGUGGGCACAGACCGUGCUCCCAGCACAGAGGACAAGCUGAAGAUGCCAUACACCAAUGCCGUGAUCCAUGAGCUGCAGCGCUUCCAGAAGUCCCGCAUAGAGAACUUCCCUCGGAUGACCACACAGGAUGUCAAGUUCAGGGGCCACAUCAUCCCCAAGGACACAGCUGUUAUUCCAGUAUUAUCUUCAGUGCAUAUGGAUCCAGUCCAGUGGGAGAACCCCCAAAAAUUUGAUCCAGGCCACUUCUUGGAUGAGAAAGGCCAAUUCAGGAAGCGGGAAGCCUUCAUGGCUUUCUCUGCAGGAAAGCGGAUGUGCCCAGGAGAGGCACUGGCCCGGAUCGAGCUCUUCCUCUUCCUCACUACACUGCUGCAAAACUUCACCUUUGAGCUUGCCAUCGAGUAUGAGGAGAUAGAUAUAUUCACCCUAUGGCUAGAGAUAGAGAGACGGGCAACACUGGGCAAAUUCCUUGCCAUACAACGCCAGGCAUGUUAUUGAGCAGAAAGCAAAUGGCAGAAAGAAGCAGUAUCCCCAUGUGCUUCUACGUGUGUUCAAUUGCUCAGAAAUCGGAGAGCAGUGUAAAUAUGAGCUGUACAGAAGCCAAGAUACAAAAAAAAAGGAGGGUUGCUUUGGACUUAGGGUGCUAGACUUCCACUUGGAGCAUAAAUACUCAGCUCUGCCACCGAGCUUGGAGGUGUCCUUGCUCCUAAUCU